AUGACAUCGCCGAAGCCGAGGAUCGCUGAUGAGGCAGAGAAGAGUCCCCCCAGAUCAGAACACCUCAAGAAACACCAGCGGAAACACACAGGAAAGAAAUCUCACCACUGCUCUGACUGUGGGAAGAGAUUCACCUCUUCAACAGACCUUAAAAGCCAUCAGAGAAUCCAUACAGGAGAGAAAUCUAAUAGCUGUGAUCAAUGUGGGAAGAGUUUUAGUGUUACACGCAGCCUGAAAGCACACCAGAAAACACACACAAGAGAGAAAUCUUAUAGAUGUGAUCAAUGUGGGAAGAGUUUUGUUACAUCUAGCAUUCUGACUAUACACCAGAGAACACACACAGGAGAGAAACCUUAUAGCUGUGAUCAGUGUAUGAAGUGUUUUACUACAUCUAACCAGCUGACUAUACACCAGAGAAUACACACAGGAGAGAAACCUUACCACUGCUCUGACUGUGGAAGGCGUUUUGUUUCUUCCCAAUAUUUAAAAUCACACAAGAGAACACACACAAUAGCGAAACCUUACCACUGCUCUGACUGUGGAAAGUGUUUUAUUUCGUCACAAUAUUUAAAAUCACACCAGAAAACACACACAGGAGAGAAGCCUUAUAGCUGUGAUCAAUGUGGGAAGAGAUUUAGUCACUCAAGCAACCUGAUGGUACAUUUGAGAACGCACACUGGAGAGAAACCUUAUAGCUGUGAUCAAUGUGGAAAGAGUUUUACUUCAUUUAACCAGCUGACUAUACACAAGAGAACACACACAGGGGAUAAACCUUACCAUUGCUCUGACUGUGGAAAGAGUUUUGUUUCGUCCCAAAAUUUAAAAUCACACGAGAAAACACACAAAGGAGAGAAGCCUUAUAGCUGUGAUCAAUGUGGGAGGAGUUUUACUCACUCAAGGAACAUGAUAUCACACCAGAGAACACACACAGGAGGGAAACAUUAGAGCUGUGAUCAAUGUGGCAAGAGUUGCUCUGACAAAACAUCAGAAAGUACAUACAUGAAGGAGUUGUUUCAUGAUAUCAAUGAAAUAAUGUCACAAUAUAGAAUAUUUUAACAUU